AUGGAAAGAAGGUACAGCCAAGUGGACGAAGACCCUGAGCCACAGGAAGGAGAGGCUUCAGAGGACAGGGCAGCGACUGACCCACCAGAGGAUCCGAUAGGACCAGAGCCUGAAGACUCGGCCCCUGAGCCUGACCCUUCCCUUAGUGGUGAGGAUGAAAACUCGCCGGAUUCUGUGCAAGACAACUCUGCUCAGAUGCCGGUGAAUAUUAACCUCUCCAACCUCAACACUUCAGAAGACAUGGAGGAUGAGGAGCCACUGCUGGAAGAGGAGGAAGAGGAGGAAUUUCUUGUUCUUGAUCCUGAACAUCCCCUGGUCAGAAGGCAACAAGCUGCUCUGAACAAACAGCUGAGAGAGGAGCUGGAGAGGAUCGAGAUUCAGAUAAAGGAAAAGCUGGGAGUUGAGAAGGCAGAGGCCAGCCUCAUACAGGAGAAAGGUUUAAAGAUUUUCAGGAUUCAGGAGCAGCUGGCCAGACUCCACACAAGGCUGGAGGAGCAUCAUCAGAACAGGGAAAAGGUGGAAAACGAAUAUCGGCAGGCCCAGAAUCAGCUGGAGGCAGGGAAUAGACACUUUUCCAACAUUAGCAGCCAGCACAGCAGAGCCAAAGCUGAUGUGUCCCAGCUACAGGCAGAGGUCGACAACUUGUCGCUGCACCUCGUCUUCGCACAGAGAGCCUGUGAAGAUCUGCAUUCUGAAGUCAAAGCAAAUAGGACCACCAGACGCAAAGCGGGAGCCGAGAAGAAUCAGGCUGAAGAGCAGAAACUGAAGCAGGAUUUAUAUGUGGAGCGUCUGACGAAGGAACUGGAGAGGCUGACUCAGCAGGUUGCCAUGUAUGAGUCCAAGGCCAGUGCUCAAGCAGAGGAGACACAGGCAGCCAGACAGGUCCUCUCUGAGGUUGAGAUGGAGAUGGAGUCUCUGGUGAUGAUGCGUAAACAGCUGCUGCAGCUGUGGAACAGCAGCGUGUUGAGCUUGAGGAGACGAGAUGAAGACCUCAGCAAGAUGCAGGAGGAUGUACGCACAAAAGAGCACCAGGUGAUCUUAAUGGACAGAGAGAUUGAGGGCUUCAAGAAAUCCACCUCUGAAGAACAGGAGAAGAAUGAGGCACUGACUCUGCAGCUCAACUGGUCCCAGAUGGAUGGAGCCACCUCCAGAAAUCUGAUCAGUCAGAAACAGGCCCAGCACGAGGCUCUACAGGCAGAAUACAGCAUCUGCAACCGCAUCCUGAACGACUCCGAGAACACCCUCGACAGGCUCACAAAGGAAACCAGCAACCACCAGGCUGAACUAAAUAGUCAGAGGAGGCAGUUGGAGAAAGAGAAUGCUUCGCGUCUGGAGCUGGAGGACAAGAUCAUGACCCACAUGCAGCAGAAGCUUACACACAACAAGGCUGCCAAGUACUCCCAAAGGCUCACCAGCAAGAAAGCUGAGCUCAAGAAAGAAAAGAUCUCUCAGCUGUGGCAGCUGGAGAAUGAGGUGGUGACAGUAGGACUGGAGAGCAUUGAGGUCACCCAGCAUCUGGAGAGCUUCUCCCUCGCUCAGGAAGCCCUCGAUGAGGAGAUCACCAAGUACAACAAGUUUCUUACAUCCAACCAGGACAAGAUUUCUUCCUUCCAUACACUAAUCGAACAGAAGGAGACCACCAUUGCCAACUACAACAGAAAGAUCAGUAAAAUCACAGCCAGCACUGGGAAUGAAGACCUAAGUCCUCUGCAAAUCAAGGUGGAUGCGUUGAAGGCUGCUAUCGAGGAGCUUGCAGCGAAUAUCAAGAAUGACCAGCAGCUCUGGAUGAAACGUCAGACGACUCUAGUAGGACUGACGCGGGAGAUAGAGGCCAACAGCAAGAACAUGCAUAAACUGCAGAUAGAGCACACUGUCAUGCAGCAGAAAAAAAUACAUUUCAAGAAUCAGAUUGAAGCAGAGCACCAAGAGCAUAGAGAUCUGGAGAAGAACACAAGGAUGCUAAGAGGAGACCUGCUGAAGCUCAACUACAUGCUCAGCAAGAACGGGCAGCUCAACCAGGCACUGGAGAAGGAGAAUGUGCUGAUGGAGUCAGAUUUUCUCCACAGACUUAAGGAAGCAGAGCGGGACUCAGUGGAGAUCCAGAUGAUGUAUGAGAAGACCCAUGAUGAAAAAGAAAGACUCCUCAACAGUCUGGUGGAAGCUGAGUGGCAGAUCAUGCUGUGGGAGAAGAAGAUCCAGCUUGCAAAGGAGACUCGUUCAGCUUUGGACUCUGAGUCGGUCCAGGGAGAAAUCCAGAUGAUGAAGUCUGAGAUACAUCGUAUGGAGGUCCGUCUUAACCAACUAAAGAGGCAGCAGGAGCAGUUGCUGAGGGAGAGUGAAGAGACAGUGGUGAGGAGGGAGACUAUUGCUAACCGUAGAAAGGCCAUGGUCCACAGCUCACAAAAACAGUCUACAAAGGGUGACCUGAGCCGCCAAGCACAAGGCCUGAGGCGCAAGAUCAAGGACCUGCACAAGCUUGUGACUGAGUUUGAGCAGGUCAUCAAGGACCAACAGGAGACCCAGAGGAAUCUGGCUGAUAGGCUUACACAGCAGAAGCAGCAGCUGAUAGAACUAUGCCGCCACAGCUGCACCCUGGACCCUGAGUUUGUUUUUCACGAGGACACUAAAGUCAGGAACUUAGACCACCUGGUGACUCUACAGAGAAGGGCCAAGAAGCUGCAGGGGGUGUGCGAGGGCCGCUACAAGGCUUUGUCCACCAGGGAAUCAGUCAUAGCCGCUCUGCAAACCCAGACUGAGCAUGUGCACGCUACCUCCGCCAUCUUGCACCGAGUCUGUGAAGAGUUCCCCCAGCACCAGGGGCCACUCCGCAGGCUAACGUUAGCGUUGGCAGGUCGUGCUCAGGCCCUAGAUCAGGAGGAAUCUUGAAAGUGUGGGAGACGAUAUAGACAUGACAGUAAGGGAAGUGAGUAACACGGGGGUUGGGAUGAGAAGGAACAAUUACACUGAAAAUAAUUAGGAGUGACUGUGGAGGUGGCUGGUCAGAGCACCUCCAGGUGAACCAGGGAGAGUUGAUUUGCGCAGCUGAUGUUAGUUGGCCAAUUAACUCGCCCUGGAUGGAAAAGGCCGCAGCAAGGCUGCCACACAUGAGACUCAGAACAGAGACCUGAGCUGACGAGACACCUGCACACACCGCAUGUUUGCUGUUCUCACUAAUAAAAUCUACACUGAAACCCAAAUGGUUUGUCUCUGGCUGCUGUUGGGAGACCCAGUUGGCACUGUCAUUUUCCACAGUCCUCAAUUAAAGUUCAGACUGUUUAUAAAAAUGUAUGUUUAUAUUCCUCCUUUUGAACCCUGCAGCCUUGUCUCAUACACUAAUGCACUUUAAUGUUACAGUAUAUUCAAGACUUUCCGUGAGUUUGAAAUUAAACUGAGGAGGAAGCAGCACAAAAGUUGCAUAAAGGGAUAAGGUUCCUUGAAAUUAAUGUAAUUUAGAGCUAGAAGAGGGGAGCAGGGUGAAUUAGCACAGCCUGGCUCCUCUGUUACACAGGCGCUGUGCUUGGGUCUGGAGCAAAUUAUCAUGUGAUAACUGUCAAAGUGUAUGGAAAUAGUGAUGUGUCGUUUCGUGAACGAUUCGUUCAUUUUGAACGAAUCCUUACAAGGACUCUGGAGUAACGAGUCCUCUCAAAGAGAGAUUUGUUCAUUUUCUCGUGGCCGCGCAUCGGGACUGUUGCAGGGGCUGAUGCAGGUCACGUGAAAAAGGAUCCAAAGACUCGUAUCCGGCAGAUGAACGAAACAUUUAUCCGAAGACACGGUCUGGAGGUGAACGAUUCGUUCAUCUGCCGGGUACCAGUCUUUGGAUAAUUUUCCACGUGACCUGCAUAGGCUCAGAAGAGGAAACAGUUACCUGAUUCCCUUUCGCGUGACCGCUGUUUUAGAAGACGUGAAUGAUAUUCGUUCACAAGUCAUACUGACUGGUUUUGUUAUUUUCACUUUACACUUACAGUUUAGUGCAGUGUAAUUGU